UACAGGGUGAUGACCUCACAGAUGUUGUGAUGUCUCCUGCAAUCAGCUUGAUUUGCCCUCCAACUCCCAAAUAGUCACAGAGCUAAACUCUGCCAGAUAGGUAACCAGUCAGAGAACCUCCUAAACCUGUUCUGGUUUCUGACUGAGGAAGGUUUCUAGUAAUAGGAAUUACUAGCUUCCCAGGCCUGGGAGGUGCAGUUGGGGCUUUCUGUCCUGCCUUUGAACUUGCAUGCUGAAAACCAGACAAUAUGCUAAUGAUCUCUAAGGGCUUGGAAUUUCCUGUUGCUUAGGAACGAAAGUUUCACAGGCGGCAUCACAAGAGCUGACUAGAAUAUCACGCGAACAGGGUUCUACAUUCCGCAGCAGCAGAUCUCACUGGGAUUCCUUGGGCUCCUUUUCAUCCAUCUAAAUUGCUUUGCAUUCUUUUUGCUGGGAAUGGCUAAAGGGAAACCAAAAGGUGCCAAAGGGAAGAAAGUCACUUUAAAAGUUGCCAAGAACUGUAUCAAGAUAACAUUUGAUGGAAAACACCGCCUCGAUUUGAGCAAGAUGGGCAUUACCACUUUCCCCAAGUGCAUCCUCAAGCUCGAUGACGUGGAUGAGCUGGACCUCAGCAGAAACAUGCUCAAAAAGAUCCCAGACUCGAUUGAGAGAUUCCAGAACUUGCGCUGGCUAGAUUUGCACAGCAACCAGAUUGACAAGCUGCCAGAAACAAUAGGGAACUUACAGAGCCUUGUUUUCUUGAACCUCUGCAACAACAAGCUGACAGCCCGCAGCUUACCAGUAGAACUGAACCAGCUCAAGAACCUACGUAAUCUUAACCUAGGCCUGAACCACAUUGACAAUCUCCCAACCACUCUGGGGGCUUUAAAAGAGCUCCAGGAAGUAGGGGUAUUUGACAAUUUACUGACCACCAUCCCAAACAGUAUUGCAAAGCUUCCCAAGCUCAAGAAGUUGAAUGCCAAAAGAAAUCCUUUUCCUGGGCCCACAGAAGAAGAACUCUUUAUCGACAGCAUUAAGCGCCUUGAGACACUUUACUUGGUGGAAGAAAAAGAUCUUUGCUUCCCAUGCUUGAGGAAGUGUCAAGAAGAGAGGGAUAAGUUGAACAAGCUGAAGAACACAGUGCCUGUCUCUCUUCGAAAGCCAAACUUUUCAAACCUCAUGACACCCAAUUCCCAGGCAAAAGAGAACCAAGCAGAAUGGAGGGUAAGCGAAAACCUUGAAUCGUAGGCAAAAGUAGCCACCAUAAAGAAAAGAAUCGCAGUCUAAUGAAGUGAAAAGAAUGUAUGCAAGAAGAAUGACAUUGCUACAUGUAAGGAUAACUAGCAGUGGAGAAGACAGCUUGGAAUCAAGCAGGAGGAAUGCUACUCUGAUCACUAUACCAAACAGCCUUGAUAGCUUUGCGCAUUUCUGAGAGGUACCUUUUCAGGGCUUUUGUCCUAUCACUGUUGUGGAACACGAGGAAUAUGGAGUAGCCACUUCUGAAGAAAACCUCCAAAGCAACUUCCUAUGGGGACAAACCAAAUGCAGCAUGGUGAGCAUAGAAAGGGGAAUUUCUUUCUCCAAAUCUUCUCGUUUCAGCCCAAAGGUUGCAACCUUUUUAAAAAUCCAAGACUUCUCAAACUA